GUGAGUUUGCCCCCCCCCCCCCCCAGCUCCUUUUCUUCCUUUAGAACACCUUCCGACUGAGUGAGACUUUUCCAGACCUGGAGAAGAGGCCCUAGGCCAAUCUGAGGAUCUGAUGCCAAGCCCCAAGCUGAACAAGUCUUCUUCCUCCAGCCUCUUGCCCAAUGCCAAGAGCGCGGCCGGCCCCGUGUCGAAGGGCGCAGAGCCGGUGGCCCGGGGGGUCAGCGGAUUCCACAGCCAAGAAGCUCUACUCAACCCUCGGUAUGCCACCGCAACGGCUUCGUCACCUCAACCACAGCCGUCGUUGCCGGCAUUCCCCAUCAUGAUGGUGACGCCGCCGCCAGGCCGCCUCAGCACAUCGCCCCACCUGCAGGCCCUGCUCCAGGACAAGCAGCAGUUCGUACAACAGCUCUCCAUAGAAAACCGCGGGCGCACCCCAUUCCUGCACGUGACGCCGCUGAGCAGCCCAUCUCUGCUCAACGUGCCGCCGCCCACCGGGGUCUUCUCCCUGAAAGCCCGCCCGGCCCAGCUGCACAGCCUCUCUCACGGAAUCAACCUGGCUAGCUUGGAAUGGGUGCCCAAAGAGCCAACCAACACACUGACCAACUACCUCUGCGCCGUCCCUUCCCCCGGAGCCGGGGAGGGCCGGGUCCGCUUUCCAGCCAUCCGCUGUCACAGCCCCGGUGACACAGCCGCUCCCAGACCCGCUCUCAAGAAAGAGAGUGCUGCCCCGUCCAGCCCAGACGGCUCUCACCCGCUUUUGGCCAAUGGUGCGUGCAGGUGGCCGGGCUGUGAGAAGGUCUUCGAAGAAUCGAAGGAAUUCCUGAAACACUUCCACACAGAUCAUCGGAUGGACGAGAAGGGCCGAGCUCAGUGCCUCGUACAGAAGGAGGUGGUGCAGAGCCUGGAGCAGCAGCUGGUCCUGGAGAAGGAGAAGCUCAGCGCGAUGCAAGCUCAUCUCACCGGGAAGCUCUCCCUGCCCAAGCUGCCCUCGUCUAUCUCCACAGAGAAACCCAACGGCUGUCUGCCCGGAACCUUAAGUCCUAGUUUGGCCACAGCCUGGCCUAGCUCCAAGGAAAGCCCAGACAGCCUGUUCGCCAUGAGAAGGCAUCUUUGGAGCAGCCAUGGAGUCAGCAUGUGUCCAGACAUCCUCCACAACAUGGAGUAUUUCAAAUUCAACAACAUGCGGCCACCUUUCACCUACGCUACCCUCAUCAGAUGGGCCAUCUUGGAGGCACCCGAGAAGCAACGGACACUCAACGAGAUCUACCAUUGGUUCACCAGGAUGUUUGCGUAUUUCAGAAACCAGCCGGCGACGUGGAAGAACGCCAUCCGCCACAACCUCAGCCUGCACAAGUGCUUUGUGAGGGUGGAAAACGAGAAGGGUGCAGUGUGGACAGUGGACGAGGUUGAGUACCGAAGGAAAAGGAGCCAGAGACCCAGCAGGGAUCACGAUGUCAAGCGACUGCUGCCUUAUGCCCAAUUGGCCCUGGCCGAAUCCUGGCUACCACUGCCCCUGGCUUCCAGCUGAGUGCCCCUCCUCGGCCGCAGGCUGGCUCCUUUGCCCUUCCGCCGGCUUUCGGGAGCCCAGGGCCACCGCGGCGGCCGAGCUGGCCGGUGAGGGGGCAGCCGCCCGGGAGAGCAGGCCUCCUCCUGCUCUGCCCCAGCUCCCGCCGGACAGCAGAAAAUCCCUUCCCUCCUCUGCUUUUUCUCCCCUUUCCGCCCUCAGGUAGCGGGCUCAGCCCGGGGCCCCUGCUGCCGCCAGCGGUCCUCGCCAGGGGACAGCACUCAGAACUGAAGGGAGGGCAGGGGCCGGGGCUUGGCAUCGCCACCUCCCUCUCCCCGGCCUCUGCCACCCCAAGAGAUGAACCCCGUGCCGUGCCCGGCCCCCGUGACGCGGCUCGUGUUGCAAAACGAAACUGUGAUUUAUUGGGGGUCUGCGCCCCCCUGAGAUAAAGAACUGUCUGACAGCAAUAAACUGUGGUUUCCAGGAAACA